AUGCUGAGAUGCUGCACAGUGCGUUGUGGCGUUCGGGACAGUGCAUCGCCCAGACAGAAGAGCUUCUUGCUGACCUCUCGGUGGUACCCAGAGAAUUCCUCAGCUCCUCUACAGCAUGAAUGUGUUGCAGUUGCAACCGCUCAGGUAAUAGCGUGGUACAAGAGGAUAGUGAUCCAGAUGGACAGAGCAACGAAGCGUAUAGAGCCAUGGAAGAUAGCAAUCAUCGUUGUGUCGGUGAUAGUAGGCUUAGCCCUCAUCAUUGGCUUGAUUACAUUUUUAUUGUGCCAUGAUCAGGACCGAUAUUACAAUGCAUCUUUCCUAAUCACCAAUGUCAAGUACGACCCUCAGUACGAAAGGCAAACCACAGAAGUGUUCAGGCACCUGAGCCAAGAGAUUGAAAACAUGGUAUCUGCAGCAUUCAAGGGGUCCUUUCUAAGUAAAAGGUACAUCAGAUCCCAUGUUGUCAGUCUAAGCCCAGAUCCUGGUGGAGUGCUUGCAUCUGUUGUUCUGGUAUUUAAAUUUGCCUCGGCUGACAGUAAGGCAACAAGCUGGGGUCAUGUCAACCGUGUGUUACGCGGAAGGCUGAAAACAAGCUCCACGUUCCUGAGCGUUGACCAGUCUACCCUUAGACUCACAGAGUUGAAUAAGGAAAAGGGAGAUAACCUUUUAAACAACUGCUGUGGAAUACGAAGACAGGCAUUCUCCUUCACAGGAGUGGAGAGAAUAAUUGGUGGACAGCGUGCGCGGGACGGGGAAUGGCCGUGGCAGGCUAGUAUUCAGCUUGAUGGGAUCCAUCGCUGUGGUGCAUCAGUGAUCAGUAAUACGUGGCUGGUGACUGCAGCCCACUGCUUUAGAGGAGUAAGAGAUCCUCGGAGGUGGACUGCCAGCUUUGGAAUUCUGCUGAGACCUCCAAAACAGAAAAAAUUCGUCCGAAGAAUUAUCAUUCAUGAACGAUACAAUGACUUUGUCCUUCAUCAUGAAUAUGAUGUGGCUGUUGUGGAACUUGCCUCUGCUAUUGAGUUUACGAGUGACGUGCACAGUGUCUGUCUUCCUGAAGCAUCUCACAUUUUCCCAGAGAACACAUCCUGUUUUGUCACAGGUUGGGGAGCUUUGGAGAACGAUGGCCGUAGUGUUAAUCAGCUUCGACAAGCGGAAGUACAAAUUAUAAGCACUGCAACUUGUAAUAGAAGACAAGUCUAUGGUGGAGCGAUAACGCCUGGAAUGUUGUGUGCUGGAUACUUGGAGGGGCAGGUGGAUGCCUGCCAGGGUGACUCUGGUGGGCCACUGGUGCACGCGAACUCCAGAGGAAUCUGGUAUCUUGUGGGAAUAGUGAGCUGGGGAGAUGAAUGUGGCAAGCCAAAUAAACCAGGAGUGUACACGCGAGUGACUUACUAUCGAGACUGGAUCAACUCCAAAACGGGCAUCUGA